UAUGUCAGCUGCUACGUGACUGAUCUCGCCGAGAGUAACCUCAUACUGAGCGAGAAAAACAACCGUUUCAGGUCCCUCGUUGAAGGCCGCUUUUCAUUUAUGGUCUCGUUCUAGUUACUUCAACCCUUCUCCAGUAGAGUGUUCAUCCAUUUUGCGAGCAGACCCAAUAUAAUGAAGAUCCUACUUACCGCGUGUGUCAUAUGGAUUGUGUCGAACGCUCGCGACGUUGAAGGUUAGCCAAAUUUCAUUUCUGGUCGAAUCGCAUUCCACUGUUUACUUUUAUCAAAAUAUUAUUUCAUGAUUGGUUCUACCUCACUGAAUAAGAAAUCCUCACGGCCCUAAACAUUUUGCAAACAGACUACCUGUUAUAUUUUGAUAAAAGUCGCUGAGGGACUCAUCGUAUUGAUGUGGUUGCUGUUAUAAGCAAUAGCCACACGUAAGCUGUCGUAAGACGUUUCUGCGUUGGUGGUAUACAUCAUAGCUUGUUUUGAUAUUUGUAUUUUCCCCAUGCAACGCUCUUUGUCAGCGUAAUUUAAAUUUUUUUUUCAAUAAUAGUCCUAAGAUCUAUUUAAUCAAAAAUCUAAAUGAAAUAAAAAAAACCUAGACUGCGCUCUCUAUUUACCUUUUUUCGUGUUUUCCGCAAAGGAAACAGGAGACGCUAACUUAUAAAGGACGUCUGUGCAAAGAUAGCAACGAAAGCCAUUAAUAUACUAAUAUUUCAAAUCAUCAAACAGGAAGUUUAAAAGAUAGGAAAGUCAAGCAAACGUGAGAGAUUGAGCCUAAACAAUGUAUCUGCCCUAAUCAAAUUUUUAGUCCAGUUUCAUCCCCAUGCCGUAAUUUCUAGCUAUAUUUAUAUGUGAGACAUUGGCCUAAGUCUCAUCGAUAAUCUAUCUGUGAGAUAGCUUUCGGUAUUAAAGGUCAAGUGUUGAAACUGACUGAUACUUGAAGUAUUUGUUUUGUUUAGUAACACGCAAGGAAGUUUAUAUUACUUAUUACCCCCUGAGCGUUGUCGGAAAAUUUUCGUUCAUUUGGUUCCAUAUGUUUCAUGUUCGGACAGAACUCCUGUGAGACUGAAAUGAAAGGAUGAAUCAUGGAAUUUUUUUAUUUCUUUUGCGUGGUCGGCGGACAACUCCCUGGACAAUUAACAUAAAAGAAAGGAAAAAUUAAAUUCCGCGGUUUUUCACCUUACAAAUUUGAAUUUUUCGUUGAACUUUCAAGUUCCGUAGUCAGAUCCCUGAGAUCCUUGUCAGUGUAUGCUGCCACUUCUGUACAAAUUAGGACGCAUUUGUUCGCUGAUAUGGAUUCGCCUCGAACAUCCCAACUAUCAUGCGAACAAAGGCGUUUAUCCCGCGCGAGGUGCUUAACGCUAAAAUUCGACUCUGUUCUCUGAAAGGUGCGUGCAAUGCCAGCCUGGGAAUGCAGAACAAGAAAAUUCAGGACAGCAGCAUCACAGCAUCGUCGCAAUUAAGUAUAAACCACGUCCCUUCCCUUGCUCGACUGGACGGUGUGCAGGGGGCCUGGUGCUCGGCUCCGACCGACAAUCUGCCCUACAUAGAAAUACUGCUGAGCGAGGAAAAGUUUCUUACUUUGAUUAAGACGCAGGGAAGCAAAAAGGACUUAAGAUGGGCAACGAAGUACGAAAUUCGAUACCAGAAGGAUGGAAAAUGGAUCGUUUACAGGAGAACGGACGGAACUCAGGUUAGUAAUAAACAAACAAAUCCUGUGUCGGAUCCAUAUCGCUUGCACCGACAUCCGAAUAUCGGCAUUCUGCAAGCAAAAUGAAUAUUGCACGCACAAUGUAUUAUGCAUGCCCAAAAAAUGCACGUAAUACGGUUGGUGUGCCAAACGCAAUUAUUCACAAGUUUAUACUAUGUACUGAAAGACCCCCACCCUGCCCCACUCUUCCUCCCUUAAUUACUUAAAUCUGAGUUACUACGCUCGAGGAACCAAAGAAGAAUGAAAAAAAAAGUCAUUCCUUUGAUGGAACAGUUAUCGUUUAUUACCUGUGGAAGGGUGGGGGCGGGUAGAAUUGGGGAGGAUCACAUGGUUUUCAGGGGGGAGCGAAGGGAGGAUGAGUCGACUCCAAAAAAGUAAAGAAUAGGGGGGGUGUGGUAAAUUGACUGCCAAUUUACCCCUAGUGAGAAGGGAUAUAAGAAUAUUUCAGAACCCUAUGGGGGAAUGCAGAACCUUAUGGGGAAUCAGGUAGAUUUUAGCGUGACACAAGCAAAGUCCUCCUACUAGUCCCCUCCCCCCCCCUCCCAAAAAAAAAAUAGUAACAAUAGAUAAAAUAAAAAUAAAAUAAAACAAGGCAGGAAUCAGCCCUUAAUUACAUUAAGAAAAAAAUACCAAAAAGAGAGGGGCUGGACCGAGAGAUUAACAUCAGCGAUAAAAUAACGACAUCAAGCGAGUGUGAUUUACCUUUGAACUGGGUCUCGCAUCUUUUUGGUAACCAUGACGUUUUGAUAAAGUUUAUGAAUAAAAAAAUAUUAUCGUUUCUUACUUUUAUCUUUCGACGUACAGAAAUUUGAUGGAAAUGUUGGCAUAGCCUCCAUAAACGGUAUUGCACUCCAACCUCAAAUUAGAACACGUUCGGUUCGUAUCUACCCAAAGUUUCCACUUUCUUUGGAUGGUGAUGCGUCUCUGGCAAAUGUUUCCUGUCUCCGCCUGGAAUUAUAUGGCUGCUCUGCCCCUGGUUAGUUAUAUACUAAAUUUCAACUUGUCUUUCCAAUUAAGUCUGUGAGUGAUUUAAAUUUUUCUAUCACAUAUUAGGAGUGUGUUUCGUUGGUAUAACUCAGAUCUGUAUAAGUGAUUCAAGAUUACUCAGAUAAUUGCAAUUGAAAGAAGUUGAUGAAUCCUGUUUUUCGAGUAACUUCACUGGCUUACUUGGUUAGCUCAUGGUGGUUAUGAUACUUUAGCGGGACACAAACAGAAACAAAGUUCCCAUUAGAAUUAUGGGCCUGUUAACACAUAUUUGAAGUUCAGUGACUCCUUUGCGCCAGGGUUUUCAACUGUUUUGUAAAGUAGCGGACAUACUUCUGAAAGCACCGGACGUGAAUGUUUUCUUGGCGCCGUAAGGCGCCUCGCGAGCGCCGAAGGCGCAAGGACCUAGGGGGGUCUGGGGCAUGCUCCCCCAGGAAAUUUUUAAAAUAGAAUACUCAGAAACGCCAUUUACAGUAGUAAAAAAAAAUCGCCCAUAUUGAUCUCAAAGUACCGGACGUGGAAUGGCAAACGACCGGACGAAACGUCCGGCCUCCGGCCUCAAAUGAAAACCCUGUUUGGGCGCCUUAAAUAGGGGCUAAUACCAAAUGGCGUUCUGAGUACGAGAGAGCAAGAUUUCCUGGACUCUCUCUAUAUGGCACUCUUUUUUCAACCCUCUCUAUUGGGCGCGGGAGGAAGAGUUUUAAGGCGUUGAAUAGAAGGAAUUUAAUGAGUGCGGAUGUGACUAUAUUUAAUUUUAAUUGGUUUUGCUUUUUUCUGUGUUUUUGUUUAUUUGUUUGUUUGUUUGUCUCUUUUUUGGUGGGGUGUGAUAAAAGCUACGAUUGAUUUGAAUGAAACCUUUAAAGGUUAGACAAACAAGAAAGAAAGAAUAACCUUAAUAAACAUAAGGAUGGUUUAAGGAUAAAGAGGAUUAACGAAUACUGGAAAUAGAAUCUAAAAUAAAUUUUUCACGAUGCACAAGUUUUGACUGAGUUGUAACUUCUUUCAAGGCGAAUCCUUUCAACUGUCAGACUAUUCUCGUGUCAACAACGUCAUAAUCUCUGAACACCUAAUUUCUUUCCUUUUUUUUUAGUUGAUGGCUCAUGGGGAACGUGGACUCCUUGGUGGCCAUGCAGUGUGACCUGUGGUCGUGGAAAGCGGUCACGUGAACGAUUUUGCGACUCGCCAAUGCCUACCAAUGGUGGUGCACCGUGCAACGAGAGUGAAAGAACUGAAGACGAAUAUUGUAGAUUAAAAAAGUGCAUUAAACCAGGUGAGCCAAUAUUGACUAAAAGUAACAUUUUAUUUCCAGUGUUUAAUGACUUCUUUACUACCUAAGGGCAAAGGACUGAGGUGUAGAUUGUGAUUAGCCUGCGCUCUGCCGAGAAUUAGUUUUUGACAAACCUAAAGACUAGGAAGGCGACUUACCGGAAUUUUAUACUGUUUGGUGGUUAUCUUCAACGUCAACGAUACUAAGAAAUAAGUAGUGUGCAUGACUAGCCCUUUUCGUUCUUAAGGUAAUGCAUAUAAAUGUAUACAAAGGUCCCUCAUGGCGUGAGAAGCCGUCUAACGAUAUUGAUCAAUACCAUAUAAGAAGAUUUAUCAAAUGAUUGGUAAAUUUAGUCAGGCUGGCCUCCUCGUGUCUUUUUUCUUUUCUAUCUUCGUUCCACGUUCGAUCGAUGAAGUUAAGUCCUGCUGGAAAACUUCCAACCCCUAGAAGUCUCCGUAUUGUAAAGAUGUCUCUUCACAAAUGUAAUCAAACCUUACUUUUUUGAGAAUCAAGGUUUCGAGGUUCAACCCUCAAAAGUCUCCGUACUGUGAAGAUGUCUCUUCACAAAUGUAAUAAAACCUUACUUUGUUGAAGAAUCAAGGUUUCGUUGCGCUUCACAAAUGGUGUGAAAUUAUGAUAUCUUUUCUAAUUCAGUAUGUUGUCUUAUUUCAAAGCUGUCGACGGAGGCUGGGGUAAUUGGGGUCCUUGGUCAGAAUGUAGCUUGACGUGUGGAAUUGGAUUGCGGGCACGUGAAAGGAAAUGUGAUUCACCUGAACCAAGGAAUGGGGGAGCGCCGUGUGACAAGGCAGAGCGAAUGCAACAGAGAUUCUGUAGGGAAGCCACUUGCGGAGGUCUGCCAAGCGUCACACGUUUGAUAAUUGAUUCAAGAAUUUAAUCAGAACGUAUUUUUCUGUUGGUUACUUAGGCUCUGGACUGACUCGCUGAGAAACUGAAUUACAGAUCUGUCUGACUAAAAAGGUUGACGGAUUGAUUAAGAACCGAUUAUCUGCUCAAGUAGCUAACUGACUGACUGUCUAAACCACUGCAAGAGUUGGACUAAUUAUCAACAGACUGACUGACAACCCGCUGAAAAGUUUGUCCGGAAUUUUGAUUUCCUGUUAUCCUUUCAUGUCUUAGAUUUGUGUUUUCUUGUCCGAUGUCUUUAAAUCUGGGAGUAUUAUUGUUAAUUUUUUUUUUUUGGUACUCCUUGCAGGCAAUGACGUGGGAUUUUCUGGCUCAGGUUAUGGCUGGGAAACUUCUUUAGGUACUUCGGGAUUUUUUGAAGAAGAAAAUGGUUGGAAAGUAUGUUGCAGAACUAAAUCUGGUGAAGAGAAACACCACCAGGAACUCAGCGAUGACGAGGACUUCACGGUUAAGUCAAGUCUUGAUGAUUAAGUCUUCGCCACGAACUUGGAAGGGUGUCAACAGCUUAACUGUCCAGAACAGACAAUAACAUCGAGCUUUUAGACCUUCAGAUUGCGCUUAAAGCACUAAAACCUUUUUUUUUAUCGUUUUAGAGGAUUAACCGUCUAGCAGUUCACAGUAUCUAGAAGCUGUUUCUUCACUAAAAACCAAGACACCUGAUGUUAAUGUUUGACAAUUGCGAAUACCUCCAAAUAAGAAAAGUCAUAUGCAAAGGUUGCUACAUCCGGAUUAAAUGCGUAACUUCGUUCAGUAUUCUUUUGUAAAAGAUAAACUAUAGUUCAUAACUGAUCUAGCAAAAUUCAUGAUUACUUAGCUACCGUUGUGGAUGUAUUCAUUACUAAAUUCAAUACCGAGGUCGAUACUGUCUUUUUUCUGUACAAUAAUCAUGUGCGGAAACUAAUGAAGCCACUUAUUAAUAAUAAAGCAGCAAUUUAUUUCAAUUUAGAUGAAAUAAUUGCGUUAGUUCGGAAGCGAAUCAUCGACUUAAGAAUCGUUCAAAUCCUCUCCAUCAUAAUACGCAGAUCAGCGAUAAGCUAUUGACUGCAGUUCAGCGAAAUAUGGUUCUCAAAUUGAAACUGCAUACUGAUUUUAUCGACUGGAUGAGCAAAUGAGAAAGAUAAGAUAAGCUAUAGUUGAUAACUGAUCUGGCAAAAUUCAUGAUUACCUAGCAACCUUUGUGGAUGUAUUCAUUUCUAUAUUCAAUACCGACGUCGAUACGGUCUUUUUUCAGUACCAUAAUCAUGGGCGGAACCAAAUGAAGCCAAUUAUUAAUAAUAAAGCAGCAAUUUAUUUCAAUUUAGAAUAAAUUAUGCACGGCCAAAAGUCCUAAGGACUCCCAACUGCAAACAAAGUUUAGAAUAAACAUAACUUAUAUAUAUAAAUAUAAAUAUAAAUUAUAUAGAAUAAUAUAACAUUCGUAAUCCAGAUGAGCGUGUUAGUGGUUCGAGUAGUGAGUCUUUUAGUCUCGGCGAACUUGUUUAUGAGUAUAACAC